UACUGCGCCGACGAAGGCCGCUUUAACGUGCCGACCGACUGGAUCUUUCCGCUGCAACGGUGCCCCAUCGACGGCAUUGACGUAUUUUGUCCCGCACGCUCGGACAAGUACCUUACGCUAAUGUACGGCGACAGGUACAUGGUCGAGUAG